GUACAAUAUAUUUUAGGAUGGAGGGAGUAAUGACCGGUGGCUGCGACAUAGUAUAGUCUAUAGACACUAUACCGCAGCAAGCCAGCAAACACCGCAAUCAACCACCGAUUUCUAUCUUCUCCCCGAACAAAUCUUGCGCGACCAGCGCAUGGUUUCUUCUUCUUCGGAUCAAUCAUGGCGAAUUACUUAGCACAGUUUCAAGCUAUCAAAAGCUCUUGCGAUCACCUCGUCAUUGCCGUGGAAGACGUGAGUGAUUUGUGGCCGACUGUCAAAAACUUGUUCGAGGAGCGGCUGCCAUUUAAGAGGGCUUGUCUAAAUAACAAGACUCGAAAUCCUGUAUUUCUAGAGAAAUUGCCAGCUGAAUAUAUUUUGACCACAGAUUCAAGGCUUCGCAGCCGCUUUCCGCAGGAGCAGUCACUAUUUUGGUUCCGGGAGCCAUAUGCUACCGUGGUUUUUGUUACAUGUGAGGAUCUUGAUGAGUUCAAGUCCAUUGUCAAACCUCGAGUGAAAUUGCUAGUUCAAAAUGAUGAGAAGGAGUGGUUCAUUGUGUUUGUGAAUAGAGCGCACCCCAGCAAUGAUCAGGCUACCAAGAUGGCGAGAAAGGUAUAUGCCAAGGUGGAAGUGGAAUUCAGCUCAAAGAAGAGAGAAAGGUGCUGCAAAUUAGAUGUAUAUGGACCAGAAGCUAAUUUUUGGGAGGACUUUGAUUCCAAGAUCAUGGAGUGUAUUCGGAAUACACUGGAUAGGCGAGUUCAAUUUUAUGAGGAAGAGAUUAGGAAGCUGAGCGAGCAACGUUUUAUGCCAAUCUGGAACUUUUGUAACUUCUUCAUAUUGAAGGAAAGCUUGGCUUUUAUGUUUGAGAUGGCUCAUCUUCAUGAAGAUUCGUUACGGGAGUAUGAUGAGCUAGAACUUUGUUAUAUGGAAACAGUAAAUAUUAGUGGAAAGAGGAAGGAGUUUGGUGGAAUGGACCAAGGUGAUGAUCAAGCUGCAUUGCUAAAUCCUGAAAUUAAACCACUGGCACAAAUUGUUCAAGAUGAUUCUUUCAGAGAGUUUGAGUUUCGUCAGUAUCUUUUUGCAUGUCAAGCAAAGCUUCUCUUCAAGCUAAGUCGUCCUUUUGAGGUAGCAUCUAGGGGCUAUUCAUUUGUCAUAAGUUUCUCAAAGGCACUAGCACUCUAUGAGAGCAUAUUGCCAUUCUGUUUGCGUGAAGUUUGGGUAAUAACUGCUUGCUUGGCUUUGCUCAAUGCCACUGCUGCGAACUACACUGAUGGACUAGUAGCCCCUGAUGUAGAAAAGGAGUUCUACCGACUACAGGGUGAUCUCUUUUCAUUGUGCAGGGUCAAGUUUAUGAGGCUUGCGUACUUAAUAGGAUAUGGAACAGAUAUUGAAAGAACUGCUGCAAAUAGUGCUUCCCUCAGCAUGCUGCCGUGGCCCAAACCAGCAGUUUGGCCUUUGGUUCCACCUGAUGCUUCUUCGGAAGUUCUUGAAAAAGAAAAGAUGAUUCUCCAAUCAGUUCCAAAAGUGAAGCACUUUGGUAUUCAGAAGAAGCUAUUGCCUAUUGAGCCCUGUGUUCUUCUCCGUGAAGCGAAUAGAAGGAGGGCUUCUCUAUCUGCUGGAAAUAUGUUUGAAAUGUUCGACGCACAGUUUAAUUUGAGCGAAAGCUUAGAUGUUUCAGCAGGCGCAAAUCCUCCUAACAAAGCACCUUCGCCAUCCAUGAUACGGAAUUAUUCUACUCCAGGAAACCUUGAAGGGUCUGUUGACCGACCAAUGAGGCUGGCAGAAAUCCAUGUCGCUGCAGAGCAUGCUUUACGAAAAACAAUUUCUGAUCCCGAGCUAUGGAAAUGUCUAUCGUCUAUAGAGGAUUUUGAGCAAAAGUAUUUGGAACUAACGAAGGGAGCUGCUGAAAAUUACCAUCUUUCUUGGUGGAGAAGACAUGGAGUUGUUCUUGACGGUGAAAUUGCUGCUGUGUGCCAUAAACAUGGAAAUUAUGACCUUGCCGCAAAUUCAUACGAGAAGGUUUGUGCUCUAUAUGCUGGUGAAGGUUGGCAAGACCUUUUGGCUGAAGUACUUCCAAAUUUAGCUGAGUGUCAGAAGAUGCUCAAUGAUGAAGCUGGCUAUUUGCAAUCUUGUGUAAGGCUAUUAUCUCUGGAUAAAAACCUCUUCUCAACCAAAGAAAGGCAGGCUUUUCAGGCGGAAGUCAUUUCCCUUGCACACAGUGAAAUGAAGCACCCAGUGCCAUUAGAUGUGUCAUCUUUAAUCACGUUUUCUGGAAAUCCUGGGCGACCAUUGCAGCUAUGUGAUGGUGAUCCUGGUACUUUGUCGGUGACCCUGUGGAGUGGCUUUCCAGAUGACAUAACCCUUGAGUCACUAAAUCUUACUCUGAUGGAAACCCACAAUGCCGAUGAAGGUGCUAAGGCUACAAGUAUUUCCGCCGAGACAAUGUUGAAGCCUGGAAGGAAUACUAUAACACUUACACUACCACCACAAAAACCAGGUUCAUAUGUCCUAGGAGUCCUUACAGGUCAGAUAGGGCACUUGAGGUUUAGAUCUCAUAGUUUCUCCAAAGGUGCUCCUGCAGACAGUGAUGAUUUCAUGAGUUAUGAGAAGCCAACUAGACCCAUCUUAAAGGUAUUCAAACCCAGAGCUUUGGUCGAUCUUACUCCCGCUGUUUCAUCACCUCUGUUAAUUAAUGAAGUACAGUGGGUUGGAAUAAUAGUAAGACCAAUUGAUUACCCUCUUAAAGGGGGCGUCUUGCACAUUGACACUGGUCCAGGGUUAGAAGUUGAAGAGUCUCAUGUUAUUGAGAUGGAUAGAUACACAGCUGCUCAUAAAAAUAUAGCUGACAUGGGAGACUCUGGGAAACAUAAUUCUCCGUCAUCGCUUAUCAAAGAAGUUACACAGUUAAAACUGCAGGAUGGCAAGAUUCAGUUGCCUGAUUGGGCAAGUGAUCUAACUUCUGUCUUGUGGAUUCCAGUUCGUGCUGUAAGUGAUGGAAUUACCAGAGCGGCAUCUCAGAGACUGAGCAUUGUGGAUAUGAUGAGGACCAUGGCUCUAAAACUUGAAUUCGGAAUAUCCCAGAACCAAACAUUUGAUAGGACUCUGGCUGUCCAUUUUACUGACCCCUUUCAUGUGAGCACACGUGUCAUUGACAAAUGCAACGAUGGUACUUUGCUUCUCCAGGUUACUCUCCACUCACAAGUUAAGGCUACUUUGAGCGUUCAUGAUGCUUGGCUGGAUCUUCAAGAUGGAUUCGUCCACAACUGUCAGAAUGAUGGGCGGCCAGCUUCGGCUUUAUUUCCUCUCACUGUUUCUCCUGCUUCAAAAGCUAGCAUGCUAUUCAGUAUAUGCUUUGGUUCCAUGAAUAUUGGAGGUGAAGCUUUGGCAUCUGGUGCAGAAAGUGUACUUAAUAUUAGUUAUAGAAUAAACGGAGAUAGAACCAUGGGAGCGCACAUGCCUGUCGUAAUUGAAUCUUCUGUGAGUGAGACUGUGAAGCAGGAUUUGAUCUUUAAGAGUGCUCUUGUCCUACAAAGACCUGUCCUGGACCCAUGCCUGGCAGUUGGCUUUCUCCCAUUUCCAUCAGAUGGUCUUAGGGUUGGCCAGCUUGUUACUGUGAAUUGGAGGAUCGAAAGGUUAAAGGAUGCAGGGGAAAUGGUUCCUCAGAACAACGAGGAGGUAUUAUAUGAAGUUGAUGCAAAUUCAGAGAACUGGAUGAUUGCUGGCAGAAAGCGCGGGCAUAUUUCUCUCUCCACUAAGCAAGGCUCAAGAAUUGUUAUCUCAAUCUUGUGUAUACCCUUGGUGGCUGGAUACGUACGCCCUCCUCAUCUUGGGUUACCAAAUAUUGAUGAGGCAAAUAUUAGCAGUAAUCCUCCUGCGCCACACUUGGUCUGUGUUGUGCCUCCUGUUCUAAGCUCCUCAUACUGUAUACCAGUGUAAUUAUUCCAAGGGUGGUUAUCUUUUGUACCAGUGAUUGUUUUUUGUAGUUUUGAGUCAGUAGAAAGUAAUACAAGUAGUUUGUAAUUCUUCCAUAGCUGCACUGGUGGUCAUUAGGCACUACAAAUUUAUCACCAUUUUGUGUAUCGAGUCUGUAUAAUCUGUAAUUACCACCACAAUAUAGAAAUGAGGGAACAUUUUUGUACCUCCUCCCUCCGUUUUCAUAAAUCUUCAUUCAAAGUUCACACAAAUAUUGAAGGCAAGGUCAUUUCGUACAAGAGGAUUUAUUUCCGUACAUGUAUUUAUUGUUACUUGCGGAGUACUACGUAUGUAUUACUAGUGCAAAUCAAGUCUAUUUGUGAUUUA